AUGUCGGAAAUAUUCCUCAACCACAUCAGUCGAUGGCUGCUAAGCUCGCCGCCAGCCGAGUGGGCAAUCAACCAACUGCGCGAACUGCUCAUUGGUGCUUUGAAGCAAGGGCCCGUUCCUCAGCAUGUCGCCUUCGAGAUGGACGGUAACAGGCGGUAUGCUCGGGGGAAGAGAAUGGAGACGAUCGAAGGCCACCACCACGGUUUUGAAGCGCUUGCUAGGGUUCUCGAAAUUUGCUACAAGUGCGGCGUCAGAGUCGUAACCGUAUACGCCUUCAGUAUCGAGAACUUCAACCGCCCGCAAUACGAGGUUGACGGGCUUAUGCAGCUUGCCAAAGUCAAGCUCGAACAGUUGACGCAACACGGAGACUUGCUGGACAGAUAUGGAGCGGCGGUCAGAGUGCUUGGUCAGAGAGACCUGAUCCGCAAAGACGUUUUGGAUGUUGUCGACAAUGCGGUGGAGAUGACCAAGUACAACAAGCGCAACGUACUAAACAUCUGUUUCCCGUAUACUUCCCGCGAGGAGAUGACGACGGCCAUGCGCUCUACCGUGGAAGAGUACAUGAUGCCCCCUGGACCCAAAUACACUCCUUUUCCGGCGGCGCGCAUCUCGCAGAAGAUCAUGUCGAAGCAGCUCGACCGGCGCGAGCCCCUCCCAACCAUCCGCGACACAUCUCCUGCGCCUUCGUCCCGAUCUGAUGGCGACGACGGUGCGUCGUCGUCAACCACUCUACCGCCAGACUCGCCCUCACCGCCGAACCGCCCCGGAUCUUCCGGUGGUCUCCGUCUCAAGAACCCAGAAACAAUCACGGCCGAGACGUUGAACAACCACAUGUACACAGCCGGAAAUCCUCCGUUGGACAUCUUCGUUCGGACUAGUGGCGUUGAGAGACUCAGCGACUUCAUGCUAUGGCAAUGCCACCAGGACACUCACAUCUUUUUCCUCAAGUGUCUGUGGCCUGACUUUGACCUGCAGCAUUUCCUCCCUGUGCUCUUGGAGUGGCAAUGGAGGCAGAAGCAGAUUGAGAGAGACGAGCGGCCGAGACAGACCGUCAGUAAGACACGAAAGCUUGUUUGA